GUCAAUCUUCGGCCCUUUCGUCACUCUCCGUCUUCGGCCCAGCCGUCCCCCGGUCCCUCCGGUCCCCCCGGGGACAUGGCCGGGGGUCGCCGCUCUCCACCUGGUCCGUCCUGCCCAGGGCAGGGCGCGAUGCCCGGUUCUUGCUGCCCGGGGCCGGUGGCCGUUCCCAGCGUACACCAGAGCCUGUCCGAGAUGGACUUCGAGCGGGGGAUCUGGGCGGCCGCGCGGGACGGAGACGAACCGCGGCUGCUGCGGCUGCUGGAGCGGCGCGGGGACCCCGGAGAGCCCGACCGGGCGGGGUACACGGCACUGCACUACGCCAGCCGUAAUGGCCACCUGGGGAUAUGUCGAAUGCUGCUGGAGCGGGGGGCUCCCUGCGACGCCCGGACACCCGGCGGGGCCACCCCCCUGCACCGCGCCUGCUAUUGCGGCCACCUCGCCGUGAGCCGCCUCCUGCUCCAGCACGGGGCCGACCCCGCGGCCACCGACGGCGACGGGCGGACCCCCCUACACAAGGCAGCGGAGCAGGGACACCGUGAGCUCUGUGCACUCCUCCUGCGGCUCUGCCCAUCUCUGGCCACACUCCAGGAUUUCAGGAGCCGCCUCCCACGGGAUGGGGCCCACCCGGAUGUGUGGGACCUGCUGGACACCUGAAGGGACACAGGACACCUGGAGCCACUCCUGUGGGACCUCUGGAGGCAUCUCCAAUGGACAAACACAGCCCGUGGCACCGACUCUGUCCCCUUGUCACCUGUUCCAGGGGCCAGCGUAGGGGGAGUCAUACCAGGAUGGAGGUGCAGACACCCCUCACGCCUUCCAGUGACUUUGUUUCCUAAAAAAACCCACUAAAAGUGUAGAAAACAGUUUGUUGGAACAGUAAAUUCCACAGGAGGUGGGAGGGCUUUGGUGCUUCCCCCUGGGGUGGCUGGGAGGGAACAGAAGCUGCUCAGGGGAUUCCGGGGGGGAUCCACAUCUCACUGUGGGGGGAGGCAGGGGCAGGAGGACCACGGAUGGAACCUUGUCCUUAAGUGGUUGGGCACUGAUCCCGCUUAUCCAGGAUCUCCAGCAGCACCUUUUCCUCCCUGACCUCAGAGUAAAGUCUCCACCUUUGUGGGUGCCUAGGUGGGACUUCAUGGAAUCCUCAAAUGGUAUGGGUUGGAAGAGACCUUAGAGCCCAUCCAGUCCCACCCCCUGCCACAGGCAGGUACACCUUCCACUAGAUGAGGUUGCUCCAAGCUCAAUCCAACCUGGCCUUGAACACUUCCAGGGCUUGGGCAGUGCUGGGUGCCACACCUGGGAUUCCCUCCCUGAAUCACCAGGCACCCCAACCCCUGUGAACCACAGCAGAGACCCACGUACAGAUAUAGACUUUUAUUACCCAUCUGGCAAAAAAUCCCUCAAAAAACGCCCAGGAAAUAAAAUCCCACGGUUGUUUCACAACCACGAGGGGGCAGGGGAGGACUGGGGAGGGGUAGACCCUGGCGUCUCCCCUCCCCCCCACUGGGCCCUUCCCUCCCCAAACAUACAAAUCAAACCUGAACAAUAAAUAGGAAUUCCCAGGGGAGGGGUUAGGGGUUUGCAUAGAGGAAGAUUUAAUUAAAAAAAAAGGGUUUUU